CUUGUUCGGAUACAGUCUUGUUUCUUGUUGUCAAAGACUUGGUUAUUCAGUCAUGAUUGUCUGUCUAAUUCUUGCCCUACUGGGGCCAUCUCUUAUAGAAGCGUGUGGAAACAAACCAUACGGGGAAACUAGAGUGGUAAACGGCGAAAAUGCUUCACCACAUUCCUGGCCUUGGCAGAUCUCGCUUCGUGUGAAUGGCCGCCAUAUUUGCGGUGGAUCAUUGAUCAAAUCUGACUGGGUUGUCACCGCUGCUCACUGCGUGGAAAGAAAUCCCCGACCAAGUGGAUACACCGUUGUUGUCGGUGCCCACAGCAGAACAGGAUCGACCGCAGUACAACAGACGUUCCGCCUUCGACAGCUUUUCAAACACGAAUCUUUCAACAUGCGAAGCUUGCGAAACGACAUCGCGUUGCUUCAGCUCGACAGGUCUGUUCAAACCAGCCAAAAAGUAAACACGGUCUGCUUGCCAAGCGCUGGGGCUCAAGCAAGCCCAGGUUCGCGUUGCUACAUCACAGGUUGGGGAAGAACUGUUGGUGGUGGUAGCGCUGCUAAUCUUCUUCAACAAGCUAUGUUGCCAGUUGCUUCACACAGCCAGUGUAGUCGUGUCAAUGGCCGACUUGUUCCUGUCGAUGAGCGCUCCAUGAUCUGCGCAGGUGGUCAAGGAAGGGGUGGCUGCCAAGGGGACAGCGGUGGACCGUUCGUGUGCAAUGAGGGUGGUCGAUGGGUACUCAGGGGUGCCGUAAGCUGGGGUCAUCAACAUUGCCGUACAGAUCACUAUACUGUGUUUGCUCGUGUCAGCAACUUCAUCAGCUGGAUGAACCGGAAGAUGUCAGGUGGAAGCGGCGGAGGCGGAGGUGGAGGAAGCUCCUGUGUAGACAGGGACUACCGUUGCAGGGGUUGGAGGUUUUACUGCCGAACCAACAAUUACGUAAAACAAAAUUGUAGGAAGACAUGUGGAAUGUGCUUUGGUUAGAAGUUCCUUGUUCCAGCACAAGUGAACUCUCAUACCGAUAUGCCGGAGAAAAUUGUUUAAAAGUAAAGAAAUAAAACUAUAAUUAAAAGUUUAAA